AGACUGGAUGAAAAAAAAGCUAAGGCACAGUGCUAGAACCUCUCUCCCAUUCUCUCAGCCUCUCUCUCAUUCUCUCUGUUUCUCUGUCUCUUCUCUCUCUUUCUUUCUCUUUCUGUUUCCCCUACCCCACCCCACCUCCAAAAAGCUUACAUGUUGUGGGGGCAGAAUUUUUUGUUUACUCUUAGUUUGAAAUAAGGGAAAUAGAUGCCCUUUGGGAUUGUGCAAGCUCAUCUGGUGACAGGAAUUCACCUUAAGGAGAUUUCAGAGGUCAGGUCAUUAUGGAGUUCAAUCACCUCUAAGUUGUACAGGGGAAACUCUAGAAGUGGGUGUGUUACUCUAAAGACAGCUAUCCUCUGGGCUGGGGCUUUAUAAAACUCUGUAGUCACCACUACCAGUUAGAAGGUGUAGCUGUCUCCCUCGAGAACUUCUCAGUAUAAGUGACUGGAAGGUGAUCCGGAAAAAGAGAAGAAUAAGAAUAAGAAUCGGUAUUUGGUCCUAGAAUCUGGACAUUCAAGGCCUCUGUCUCUGGAAACCAGAUGCCCCAGCCAGUAAUAUUUAGAUAGGAGAGUGGGAAGACUUCAGGAGUCAACUUGCAAAGCCAUUCUCUCUCCAGAAGCCUCUGGUCCAUCUAGGCAAACCUUUAGGACUCCAGCCAUAGCUCCGAGUGGCCCGUUGGGCAACAAAGAAGCCAGAGGGAUCUGCAAAAGUGUCCACAACCAGGAACAUAUCAACAUGGACAGCGGCAAUGGGCAGGCUGAGGCCAUGCCUGAACUUGGCUGGUCAAAAGAACAGCUAGAGGAAAUGCUGUGGCUUUACCGGACGGAGGACUCAACACCCUGGAAUAUUGCUGUCCUUGUCCUUUCUUCUGCAGUAUUGAUUUUGAGUGUCUUUCUUCUGGGGAGAAGUAUCACGGCAAACAGAAAUCGGAAGAUGAGUUCCCAGGAUAAACAAACAGCAGAAAUCAAAUCCUCGGUUCAGACUAUAAACAAGGAGUCUGUGUCACCAAAGGAUGACAACAGCUUGAAUAUUUUAAAGGAAACAUUGCUCUUCGAAAGUCAAAACCCAGAACGGGCGAUGAUUGAAUUGAAAGAAGCUGAUAUUUCCCCAGAGUACUCAGAGGCCAACAUCUAGUGGGAUUUCUUAUGGUGGGCCAAAAAAUGAAAACCAAGGAAAUAUUUUCAAUACCAGGUGCCUGCUUGGUGGGUUAAGUUAAAACCACCAAAGUUC